UCCGCGAAGGAAGCAUACGUCUCGAAGCUUCCUACUUUCUCCGCUUUUCUGUUUUCCACCGCGGAGGAACUAGAAGAAACUUGAGGUAAAUUUUCUGGGAUUCGAGUCCCGAUUCGUCAAUUCCUAGGGUUCGCAGUCCGUGAUUUCCAGCCUCCAUGGGUGCUGAUGGUGAUUCUGGCGACUCGAGCGUCGCUAGUCCAGCGGCCAGCCCUGCCACCAUACACAUCCGCUGCUCCAAUGGAUCGAAGUUCUCCGUCCAGACGGCCCUCGACGCCUUCGUCAGCGCUUUCAAAAGCCUUGUUUCGGAGAAGUGCGACGUGCCCGCGGAGCAGCAGAGAUUGAUUUACAAGGGACGAAUCUUGAAGGACGACAAAACCCUAGAGAGCUAUGGCUUGGAGUCGGAUCACACAAUACACUUGGUACGUGGUGCUGCACUAUCAACUACCUCUAACAAUUCUGCCACGAACCUUGGAGCAUCGCCUACAAACAAUACUGCGGCCAGCCUUGGAGCACCGCCUACAAACAACACUGCAGCAACUGGAAUUUCUCCUGGUUCCAAUGAGGGCGGAGGAUUGGGUGGUGCUGAACUUGGUGCCUCACUUUUCCCUGGACUGGGUUCUAAUGGGAUUUUUGGUUCUGGGGCUUCUGGCUUGUUUGGAACCGGAUUUCCAGAAUUUGAUCAGGUGCAGCAGCAACUUGCUCAGAACCCAAAUAUGAUGAGGGAUAUAAUGAACAUGCCAGCAAUCCAAAAUUUGAUGAAUAAUCCUGACUUGAUGCGAAACCUGAUCAUGAGCAAUCCACAAAUAAGGGAGAUACUUGACCGAAAUCCUGAUCUUGCACACGUUCUAAAUGAUCCCAAUACUUUAAGGCAGACUCUGGAAGCUGCCAGAAAUCCUGAAUUAAUGAGAGAAAUGAUGCGGAAUACUGACAGAGCCAUGAGCAAUAUUGAAUCUUCACCUGAAGGAUUUAAUAUGCUUAGGCGAAUGUAUGAAACUGUGCAGGAGCCAUUCCUUAACGCAACAACCAUGGAGGGAAAUGCAGGAAGUGAUGCAGGUUUGAACCCUUUUGCAGCCCUUUUGGGAAACCAAGGAAGCACACAAUCUAGGGGGCCAACAAAUACUUCCACUGCUAGUUCAGAUGCUGCAAAUGGAUCUCCUUUGCCUAAUACUAACCCGCUUCCUAAUCCUUGGAACAAUAUUGCUGGAGGUACACAAACGAAUACCAGAUCGACAACAGUGGGUGAUUCAAGAACUGGUGGCAUUGCUGGCCUAGGUGGUCUUGGUACUCCAGAAUUGGAAAGAAUGGCUGGUGGCUUGCCAGAUUCAUCAGUUUUUAGUCAGGUUUUGCAAAAUCCAGCCAUGUCACAGAUGAUGCAAUCUCUACUUUCGAACCCACAAUAUAUUAACCAGAUUUUUAAUAUGAACCCACAGUUGCGUGCCAUGAUGGAAUCAAAUACACAAUUGAGAGACAUGAUGCAAAAUCCUGAAUUUCUUCGCCAGCUAGCAUCACCAGAAACACUGCAGCAAAUUCUGACUUUGCAACAGUCGCUUUCCUCAGUGCUUGGACGGCAACAGUCAAACCAGGGGCAGAACCAGACCACUGGUGCCACAGGCAACACAGGAAUGGAAUUUUUGAUGCAGAUGUUCGGUGGACUCGGCGCAGGUGGUAAUCUCGGUGUUCCCACUAACAAUGCCCCUCCUGAAGAGCUCUACGCAACUCAACUUGCUCAGCUUCAGGAAAUGGGCUUCUUCGACACCCAGGAGAACCUUCGUGCUCUUAUUGCUACUUCUGGUAAUGUACACGCUGCUGUGGAGAGGCUAUUGGGCAAUUUGGGUCAUUAGAGUCCGAAAGAAAUAUUUUUCUUCCCAAUCCCAACGUCAAAUCGAAGUAUUAGUGGGUCUAUAAGGUUUCUCCCUUGUAUUUAUAUGGCUGUCUCACAGCUUCAUUAUUCAGAGGCAUUGGAAUUAACUGAAGGUAUUGUCUGAGAGCUAAUUGUUGUUCUUUUAUUUAUCGCUGCGGGAGUUAAAAUUGUUGUUCUCACUUUCAUCUCUUGUUAUUAUUGAAUGAUAAAAGUUAUAAACGCAUAGCUUUUGUAUAUACUCAUGUUAAAGAUUCAGCUGUGAUUGGUGCCUUCGAUGUUUGGUUCC